CCACGUCCUCAAGACGAAGACGUUAACGCAGUGGUGGCGGUAGUGGAAGCUGGACCAUGGCGAUAGCCACCGCGUUUCUCCCCCGAUCUUUCCUUUUCCCGACGACAUCGAUUCUUCCAAAGGCGACGGUCUGCAAUCCUCGGCGUUUGCUCGAGUUCCCGUUCCCUCGUCCGUCGUCGCCCAAAUCUCGCCUCCUGGCCCGAUCCACGCCCACCUCCGGUAACCCCUUCGAUGGUUUUGAAUCCGAGAGAAGACCACUCAAGUACUCGACCAAGAAUGGCAUUCUGUUAAAUUUGGUGCAAGAGAUAGAACCUUUAGAAUUGAACCUUAUUCAAAAAGAUGUUCCAGAUAAUACAAUCAAUGCAAUCAAGAGGACUAUUUCGGGCGUGCUAGGGUUACUUCCAUCCGACCAGUUUCUUGUCCUUGUAGAAGCCUACUGGGAACCUAUCUUCAAGUUAUUGAUUUCCUCAAUGAAGACAGGGUAUGCUUUGCACAAUGCUGAGCAUAGGUUAUGCCUUGAAAGAAAUCUAGAUAUCCAUGAAGAAUAUACCAAAAAAGAGAAAAAGCAAACUAUGGAAGAUGAUGAUAGCCUUGAAAUGUCAGUUGAUUUGCCUCCUACAAUAUCUAACUCUCUUGGAAGAAAAGGUAUUUUCCGAGACCAAGAAAAGAUCAGCAAGGUAUUGAGUGAAAACACCUGUGUCAAUGAUCUAAGACAGUUGACACCUCAAGUUCAAGAAUAUAUUGGCUACCUCCAAUCUCACCUACAUUCUGCAAAGAAGGAUCUACAUGAGUUGGAAAAGAAAUAUUCUGAGCUACAGAUGCAAUGUGUAGGCGAGCAAAAAAAUGAGUUGUUGGAUUAUCUGCGAUCAUUGCAACCCGAGAAGGUCGCUGAACUUUCAGAACCAACUUGUCCCGGGACCGAAGAAAUUUUUCAUUCAGCUGUGCAUGGCCUCCUCGCUGCUUUAUCUCCCAUGAUACAGUCAAAGCCCACCCUUUCACAAAAUCCAUCAUGCGGAACCCUUGACAUUGGUAAAGAUGACUAUGAAGAACUUGUGGAGAACACUUUCACACGCUUGCAGCCCCUGAUAAAGGUUCCUCGCGACCAUCUUGCACGCCUAUUGUUCUGGUGUAUGCUUUUGGGUUACUAUGUGAGAGGCCUUGAGUGUCGUCUAGAGCUGAUGGAAGUUUUAACGCACGACUCACAAAUCGCAGGAGCUGCACCGCAAGAUGGUGAUCCAUUGGUGUAAGGGAUGCUAUAGGAGAUUUCUUUGUUUACAGGAAAGGCUGAAUGGGGCUACAGGUAAGCAAUAUUUUUAGGCAUUUUUUAAAAUAAAAAGCGUGGAAGAAGAGCCCGUGGUAGAACUAUUCUGAGAGGAAUUUGCAUUAAUAUAUGAAGUAUCUGUAAGAUUCUUCGCAUGUAUUUCUAUGUAACUAAAGGAAAUUAAACUACUCUAAGUGUUGAUCAUGUGGAACUAAGCAUAGAUCAUGAGGCACUUUGCAUAUUCUCUUAA